CGGCGCAGUGAGGCGGGAGUUUCAAACACUGCGUGCGGGAGUCCGCUCGUCCGGGCGCUUCGCUCGCCGGCGGCUGCUCGGGCUGUGCUCGUCCAGCGCCAAAGACCCGUAGGCGCUUAAAGAGGAAUUUGCAAAUGCUGGAGCAGACUGCUGUCCUUCGGCUGCGCAGCUUUAUUGGCAAAGCUCUGCUGGGGUAACGCAGAGAGAGGGGGAGAGUUGUUAAAGACGCCUGGGCUUUCGUCUUUCCUCCGCCGUGUUUUUCCUCCUUUUUAAAGGCUUCUGGAUUUCAGUGCCAAUCACUGCUGAUUCCCUGCUCAGAGAGGCUUGGAUUAAAGCAGGACAGUAUGCCAGCUGGAUGUUAAGAAUGUCUGCAACCUGUGAGCAACCACUGCAGCAAUACCAUCUUUGUUCUUUUCCUGAGCUCCAACUUGAAUUUCCCAAGCCAGAAUUUCUGGAUAUUGAUCCUUCUUGUAUUAUCUUGGAAUGCAAGGAAAAUUUGAAUUCUGUUGUCAUUGUAAAUAUUCCUCAAAUAGCUUUAACCUACUGCCGUUUGAAUAGAAAAUUUUAAUGUGAAUCCUACCUCAAACCAGGAAGUAAUUCUCUUAAGAAUCCUGUGGUUUGUUUUUGAAUAAAACUUGGAUUGUGUUUAUGUAAGGCAUAUGUGAGACUUGGAAAUGAAUAUUUUUCCAUUGCUUUUUUAUUUUUUCCUCAACUCUGUUUGUUUUUGUGUUCAGCUUAUUAGUAGUGCAACUGUUCAAUUCAAAUAAGGUAUUUGGUAAUAACCCAUCUGUGAACUGGAGUCACUACACUUAAAAGACUUAGUUGCAAAUGUUCUUGGCUCAUAAAAGUAGAACUUCUAGUGGCAAAUAUAUUUAUCUUCUGAACCUCACAGUCGUAAUACUUCAUGUCAUAUUCUGAAACUGUUUUAUUUUGUUUGGUCUUCACAGUUAAAAUCUACCUUCUGACAACAAGGAAGCUGAAACAAUGGGAGUGGCUUACCUGUGGCAAAUCCUCGAGCCUGUGAGACAACCUGUCAACAUGAGUAGUCUCAGAGGGAAAACACUUGCUGUUGAUUUAAGUUUGUGGGUUUGUGAAGCACAGACCGUUAAAAAGAUGGCUGGAGUAGUUACCAAGCCACAUCUCAGAAACCUAUUUUUCCGGUUCUCUUUCUUUACAUCAAUGGGAAUUAAGCUUGUGUUUGUCAUGGAGGGAGAGGCCCCCAGGUUGAAAGCAGACACCAUGAGCAAGAGGAAUGAGAUGCGCUAUGGGCCUUCGAAGAAAGCUGGACCUGUAAGGACAGGGAGAUCUUUAUUUAAAGCCAUGUUAAAAGAGUGUCUUGAACUGCUGGAAUGUUUAGGUGUUCCUUGGGUUCAAGCAGCUGGAGAAGCAGAAGCAAUGUGUGCCUACCUAAAUGCAAAAGGACUUGUUGAUGGCUGCAUUACCAAUGAUGGAGAUGUUUUUUUAUAUGGUGCUCAAACAGUUUAUAGGAACUUUGCCAUGAAUGCCAAGGAUCCACAUCUGGACAGUUACACAAUGUCCUCUAUUAAAGAGAAACUUGGUUGUGACAGAGAGUCUUUGAUUGGGCUAGCAGUUCUUCUGGGCUGUGAUUAUCUUCCAAAGGGGGUUCCAGGAGUAGGGAAGGAACAAGCUUUAAAGUUAAUUGAGACUCUGCGAGGUCAAAACUUAUUGCAAAGGUUUGAGCAGUGGAAGGAAGAAUUUCACUAUGAUGAUAAUCCACCUUUGGUUGUUAAAAGGGUAAUUCACUGUUCAGAGUGCCAUCAUCCAGGAUCUUACAAGGAACAUGAGCACAAUGGAUGUAAACUCUGUGAAAGUGUGAGAUGCUGCAAACCCAGUGACUCCAAACACUGCUGCCCUUGUGCAUGGCAUCAGUGGGAGCGAGUGAAACAAGCAAAUGCAGUGGAGGACAGUAUCAGAAAAAAAGCAAAGAGUUGUGAGGGCUUUCCGUUCUCUGAGGUUAUCCAAGAGUUUCUUGUGAACAAGAAUAAAUUGAUCAACAUAAAGGAAUGUCGAAGGCCAAAUUUAUUAUCCUUUCAGCUGUUUGCUUCAGAGAAGAUGGAAUGGACCAAACAUUACGCUUGUAAGAAGCUGUUAGCACUUUUGACACGUUAUGAUAUGAUCCAGAGAAAAUCUGGAUACAUUGACUCAAAACAACUGCAGGCAAUAAGGAUUGUUAAGACACGUGUUAAAAAUGGAAUUCCUUGUUUUGAAAUUGAAUGGCAAAAACCAGAGCAUUAUGUUGAUCCAGAAGAUGAGCCUGUGAAGUUGUUUGUAGUUACACUAGAAGAAGAGUCUUUGUUUCAGGCUGCUUAUCCUGAUGUUGUUGCCCUUUAUCAAGUGGAAAAGGCAGAAGUUCUUCAGAAGAAACAGAAAAAAAAGAAAGACAGACCAGAAGAAAAGGUAUUACCAAAUGCUUAUGAUGAAGUUACCAGUCUUCUGUCUCAAAUGAAUUUAAAGCCUACAUACAGAAUUCUUCCUGGGCAGCAGACCAUGUCAGAUACAAAAGCUCCAGAUCAGACACAGCAGAGAAGUAUUGGAUCAAAAGAUGUAGCAUUGCCUUCAGCUUCCUGCACAUCAACUGUUCAUGUGUCAGCAUCAGCAGCUGCUCUUGCUGCCUCAUCUGCGCCCUCACAGUGCACAAAGUGUUCAGGGAUAUCAUCCUCUUCCUCUGUACCAGCUGGUCUGCAACUGAGCAGUACUGAUGGGAAAGGAACCUCCUUCAGCACUUCACCGGCCUGUGGAGGUGAUGACUGUGAUCCAGCAGCUGACUUAACCACAUGCAUAAAACACUCACAUCCACUAAGUCAUGAAACAGUAAGAAACAGCUCAGAGUAUUCUGAUGUUACACAGACUGAUGUGCAUUCUGGUAGUGAAGAUGAUUUGUUCUCAAAUGAUGCUAUGGAACAACUUCAGGAGUGGUCUUUGAGCGAGCGAAUACUUAAGAAGGCUCCCAUUCCAUCACAGCCUUUGUCUGAAGAUGUAGUGCAACUGGAGUCUUUGAAUUGUUUUAAACAAUCAAAAGAAACAUUGAAUCCUGAUAGAAAUCAUGUCUCUUCCUCAUGUCAGUUAAAUAACCUAGUGCAGGAAAGUAAAAAUGUUCUAUCAGAAAACUCUGCAAGUGAAUCCAGUGUACGUAUCUAUCAAGAUGCAUACAAAAAAGCUGACAUGGUGAAAAAAGACCCCUAUAUAAGUGGUGCAGCAUGUCUAGCCUUCGGUGGGCAAACAACAGAGACACUUCAUCCUGGAUGUGAAAUGCUUCCAGCAUCUCAAAAGCCAGCAGAUGCAACUGGCUGUCACAUUAAAGAAGCUUGUAUUGAAACUACUUGGAAAGCUUCUUUUAAAAAGAGUGUCUGUCAGAACAGAUGCUCUUCUAGUGAAGACAGUGAUGAUGGGCACAUGGAUAAAAUCCUGGUUUAUGAGCAGCAGAAAAGGCAACUGAACCCUGGCCAGUUUAAAAAAUAUUUUACAAAGAAAAAGAGCAGCGUUGUUACUAGCAAAAGGACAAAUGGUGACUCAGCCCUUACAAUUAAAGGGAAGAAGAAAACGACCAAUUUAAAGGAAGCUGUUAAUAGUUUCUCAGUGCAGGUAUCUCUAAAACCAUCCUCUAUAGAGGAAAUUAAUUGUUCCCAAAGUCCAGAGCAAUCAAUUGAAAUAUUGGGUUCUCCUACACAGCAAGACAAAAGUGCUGUUCUCACUUAUGCGUGGGCAGACAGUCCCCUUCCCCUGUCUGAAAGACUGAAAGGAAGAAUCAAAAUCAAUUAGAUUCUCCAUAAAAUAAAUUAUGAUAGCAAUUAUGAAUUAUCAGUUAACUAUCAGUUAACUGUCAGCUCUUGAGUUCUUUCUCAAAGUUUCUGCAGUAUGUAUCAAUUUUAUGUGGACAGUUUUAAUGACUAGGAGGUGCUGUCACUGGAGCUGAAGUUUGAAACUAAAAUGUUAACAAAAGUACCAGUUGAUUGUAGGCAAGUACCAGUCCUUCUGGAUGUGUUUAUAUUCUAAACUUCUUACAUAAGCAUCAGGAUACAGUAUACAAGGAUGAGGGAGAUUUAUUUAAGGUUUUUUUAUUUUCCCAACCAAUUGUGCAGAUUUUGUGUAUAGCUAUUAGUCUUGCUUAUACAAACACUUAAUAGAACAGUGCCUGCAGUGCUGUUGGAUUCUCCUAAUAAGACAAAGUGAUGCAGCAUUUUUAAAUUGAAAUUCUCCAUUCUCCUCCACUAAUUUAAUUUUGCAAGUUUUGAAAUGGGUUUUGAAAUCCUGUGUUUCUGGUUGUGUUGACCAUCUCUGAAGGACCAGAUAGGGACACACAGCAGAUGUACCUUGCAGGGUAGCUAAAUUUAUAUCUGUCAUGCCCCAUAAUAAGCUGUUCUUCAGGGAUGUGUCUCUUCCAAAGAAUGGAAUAAGCCAUGUAAGGAUACUCUGGUGUUGUAGCUGUCAUAUCUAAUAUUUAAGGAAAUUUGAUGACUGUUUUUAUUAAAUAUAAUUAAAUUUAAAUUUAAUUAGGGCAUUUUUUUCAUAAAGAAGGUUGAAAUCCCAUCUAACAUUCACUUCAAUUCAUAAUAGAGUGAAAAUUAAGUUGCAGAAAAUCUAUUGCAAGUUUUUUGAAUAAUACCAUGUUUGGGGUUUUUUAAAAAGGAGAAACUUGAGUACAAUUAUAAAUGUGAAGACGCUCUUCCUACCUCUUUAUUAUAGGAGCAAUCUGUUCAUAUAACAAAAGAAAAUUGUCUUCAACAGUUGCCUGUUGCAGGAAUGCCUCCUUGCAUGUAUUUAGAUGUUUGCAACUUUUUCUGUGCACCAGCCAGAAAGAAGACAACUCUUGCCAAGAUAUAUUUUUAACAAGAGAAAUUUAGAAUAUCUGUGCCUUAGUGAAAAUGUCAGUUCUUCAUAAUGGUCAAGGACCAAGUUUGGAAGCUGAAUUCCAGAUGUGUUUAGGGAAGAUAUAGGUAGCCUAUAGCUAAUACAGUCUGUAAUUGGCCAAAAUGGUAGUUUCUUAGUUUAUUCUAUGGGAAAAUGGAAAAUUUGUAUUUAUAAUUGAUUUUGCAAAUGAGAAAUG